GGGUGUUGCAUCGUGUGUGCAUAUUUUGUAGGCCUUGGAGACGGGUGUGUGUUGGGGGUGGUAGAGGCUCCAAUCCCGAAGCUCAGGGUGGGUCGGGCAGACACAAGGCCUGGCUGGCUGCGCGUGCUGGUCACAGGCUCAUCUGCCAACCAGGAGCUUGGAAGGGCCCCUUAUGUGGUAAGUGACAGAAAUGUACACACCCCAUACGUGGCAAGGGUCACCGCAACCUCUGUCCCAGACCCACUUGCUGACUGUGCACUUUGCCAUACACACGGGCGCGUGCCCUUGUGCAGGGAAGUGAGUUUGGAGUCCCUGGGCUAGACCAGGCUGGAUAUGGAGUGGUGGAUAUUGGGGCGUUGGAGGGCCUUUGGCCAGGUCUCUUUUCCAUCCCUUUUCCAGGCAAGAUCCCUCCUCAACCCAGACCAAUGCCUCUCUUGCCCAGGCCUCAGGAAGUGGGUCCCAGCAGGAUCAGCUCUCUAGGUCCAGAUGGUCCUGGUACUAAGUGGUCCUGUCCUUCAAGGUUUCUGUCCUCCAUGCCCGCUCCAAAUUCCCAGAUAUUAAAGAAACAGGGGGGCCUCUGAGCCCAUAUGCCCUCUGCCCUUGCUGAACCCACCAAGGUCCCCUCCUGUCCAGCCUCUAAGCAGGAGGUGAGAGCUGGACACUGACCCUGGAGGCAGCAAGAGUGGGAGCAUAGUCACUCCAGAGAGCCUUGUCUUGGAGGCUUAGGGUGUUGGGUUCCUGGGCUCAUGCUGUGAAGCCUAGGGAAGCCUCCCACCAGUAAAUAAGUCUACGACCUGGCUCUGGCUGAGGUGGGGGUGGGAGUCUCCCUGGUCCUCUCCUGCCAUCUCUGGACUCAGACCAGAGGUUUGACAACGUCUUUGAGAGGGUGGUUUCCAGCCUGCCCUCCUCCAUCCUUAGCUGCACCCUGGCUCUUCCAGCUUUGGCUAGAUGGGGCCAGCUCUGUUACCACCACCACCCCCAUCUGACACACGAGGAAACUGGUCCAGAUUGGGGAGUGGGGAGGUGUUGAGGGGUACCCAGUCCUGGAGUGAAUCAGAAUGGAGUGAGCCAGGAGAGAGGGACAGACUAUCCCAAGGGACUUCCAUUGUCAGGCCUAGGGAUUUCUCCCCAUGUCCCUACCCACAGCCCAUUCUGGACUCAGAGAAGUCUCCCAACUACCUUGCCUCAGUGCUGCUCAUCAUACUCCAACCCCUUCUCCAAGAGAUGCAGCCCCUGGGAGCACUGCUAGCUGGCAGAGCCAUGCUUCACAACUCCAGCCACAGGGAAGGCAUGGUCCAUGUGGAUAAGACCUGGAGGGGGCAGGACAUGGACAGGGAAGGGGUGUGGGUAGAGGCAGGGGGAGCCCUGGCCCCCAAUACCUCCUCCCCCUUCCCCCCUGAGCCUCCAGGAGCCUCGGGCAGCAUCAUCCCUGUCUACUGUGCUCUCCUGGCCACCGUAGUCCUUGGUCUGCUUGCCUACGUGGCCUUCAAGUGCUGGCGCUCACAUAAACAAAGACAGCAGCUGGCCAAAGCUCGGACUGCAGAGCUGGGGGCUCUCGACAGGGACCAGAUACAUGGGGAUAGCGGUGUCUUCCUGGACUCUCCUAGCAGUCUGCCCUGUGCUCCCAGCCAGGGGCCAUAUCCUGAGCUUGGCUGCCGGCUUUACCUUCAUCUCCCUCGGCAGCAGCAGGAAGAGGUGGAGCGGCUCCUGGAGCUGUCAGGCGAACCUGACAAGGGCUGGCAAGGGCUGGCAGGCCGCCUGGGCUACCAGGCUGAGGUUGUGGAGACCAUGGCCCAGGGCCAGGCACCAGCCUACACCCUGCUGAGGAACUGGGCUGUCCAAGAAGGCAGUGGUGCCACCCUCAGGGUGCUAGAGGUGGCCCUAGCUGCCAUGGGCCGUGAAGAUGUGGUCCGGGCCCUGGGCCCCCUGGCUGAGGGCUGCUCUGUGGUAUGAGUGAUGCCUCCACAGCCUGGCCUCUCAGGGAGCAUGCUCUGGUGUUCCCCACCACCUCUAUCUCAUAUGCCUUUCCUUUCAUGGGCUUACUCGCAUUGGUGGCCUCAGCUUGCUCUGUUCCUGGGGGGAUACAAGAUCCAGACAACACUCAGCCCCCCUUGCCUUACCUCCCUCCAGUACAGGGACCAGGAUAUGGGGGGAGCUGGCAGUGAGGAGUGGUCCUGCCCUUCUGAUCCCCACUACAGCUCCCCUUACUAAGCCUCAACUGGUUUUUCUUUUGUAUCCCAUAUUAAAGGCAAUGUUGGACUAUU